AUGGCAAAUAGGAAAACAAACCUCUCAUCAAUAACUAAGAAUUUAUUCAAUAAUGAUUAUGAUUAAGAAACUUUAUUCUCAUCUCCAUUAAAGUCAACUGAUAAAUCAAAGUCUAAAUUCUCAUCUAAUUAUUCACCUAUGAAAUUAGAUAGUAUUGAUAAUUUAAUGGAAAGUUAAAAUACUUUAAGAACUAACAGACCAUCAGAAUUUAAUCUGAAAAAAAUGUUAUCUAAAAUGGAUAUAGUUGAUAGUAAAUAAGAAACAUAAUAAUAACAUAGAACAUUUAGAUUCAGAAGAAAUGAAAACUUUUAAUCUUAACCUACAUUGAAAAUUGAUGUAAAAAAUGAUGUUGAUGAAUUCUUUAAUAACAAUACUCCAGUUAAUAGUGAAUUAAAAUAAAAUAAAGAGAUCAAGCAAUAUUAAUUAAUAACAUUUACUGAUUAUGUUGAAAAAAUUUAUGGUAAAGAUUGGUUUACAGUACCAUAGAGAAGAUUUAGAAGAUAAACUACAAUCUAAGAAUUCUUUGAUAUGAUUGAAUGA